UUGGGGCGAGCAGGCGGCGUGCUGGAGCUCUUUCUGUGACCGCAUUGCAACAAAGUUUCCAGUGAUACAAAAACAUCGCGCGCGCGCUCACCUCAACGCAGUUUGAUCGCUUUUAUAGUGUCGUUAAUCGGGUUGUGUAUCAGAGCGAGUUCACACACACACACACACACACCGGGUCUGACUUCGAGCUGCUGCAUGUCGGGAGAGACCGAAGUCCAGAUGCUGGUGGAUUUGUGUCCUGCUUUGCCGCGGUGGGAUUUGAGAUGAAAGUGAAUUAAACUGAAAACAGUGACGUUAUUCUUAUUAUCGUUGCUGUUUUUAUUAUUAGAUUGUAUUUUUUAUUAUUAUAAUAGUUGUGAUAGUAGGAGUAGUAUGAUAUAGGAUAUUUUCCCUUUUCUUCUGUUUAUCUGAGCCGAGCAGGCAUCCACAAGUUCCUCCUGUCUCGCCCACAAACCCCCAAGCUGGCCUAUGGUCAUAACUCCAACAUGAACGUGGGCAGGAGCGGGUACAGGGUCUUCUGUGCCAACAACAUCCCAGCAAGCACCGAGCUGGCCAACAAGAUCACAGAGCGUCUGGGGGUGGAAUUGGGAAAAUCGGUGGUGUUCGAGGGGGCCAACAAAGAGACCACGGUGGAGGUGAAGGAGUCAGUGAGAGGACAGGACAUCUUCAUCAUCCAGACCAUGCGCAGGGAUGUGAACACGGCGAUCAUGGAGCUGCUGGUGAUGGCGUACGCCCUGAAGACGUCCUGCGCCAAGAACAUCAUCGGCGUCAUCCCAUAUUUCCCCUACAGCAAGCAGUGCAAGAUGAGGAAGAGAGGAUCCAUCGUCUGCAAGCUGCUAGCGUCCAUGCUGGCUAAAGCGGGUCUGACCCACAUCAUCACCAUGGAUCUGCACCAGAAAGAGAUCCAGGGUUUCUUCAACUUCCCAGUGGAUAACCUGCGAGCAUCACCGUUUCUGCUGCAGUACAUCCAGGAGGAGAUCAUUGACUUCAGAAACGCUGUUAUUGUUGCCAAAUCACCCGCAGCUGCGAAGAGAGCUCAGUCGUACGCCGAGCGUCUGAGACUGGGUUUGGCGGUGAUUCACGGUGAAUCUCAGUCCGAGUCUGAUCAGGUCGACGGUCGAAACUCUCCUCCUGUGUUCAGGCCCUCAUGCGGACCCCCAGGCCUCGAGCUGCCCUGGAAAUACCAAGCGCCGUUUCCUGGCAUCGAGCUUCCAAUGAUGAUGGCUAAAGAGAAACCACCCAUCACCGUGGUGGGAGACGUUGGAGGUCGAAUCGCCAUCAUUAUUGACGAUAUCAUCGAUGACGUGGAGGAAUUUGUGGCUGUGGCAGAGAUUCUGAAGGAGAGAGGAGCGUAUAAGGUUUACGUCAUGGCCACUCACGGCUUGCUCUCGGCCGACGCCCCGCGUCUCAUUGAGGAGUCCCUUAUAGACGAGGUGGUGGUGACUAACACCGUCCCCCACGAGAUCCAGAAGCUUCAGUGUCCCAAAAUUAAGACGGUGGACGUCAGUAUGAUUCUGGCUGAAGCCAUCCGUCGCAUCCACAACGGAGAAUCCAUGGCCUACCUGUUCCGCAACAUCACGGUGGACGACUAACGGCAGGCUAACAACGAGCGAAACGAGUCCUCGCGCUGAUCUUGGAUCAGCCUGGUGCCUGGGAUUUUGUCUGGUAGUUUCAGAUAGUGGUGUUGUUUUUUUUUUUUU